UCCCAAUCAUGUAGCCUUAUCUAUAAAGCCCAAUCAUUCCAUGUGAAGUUAGAGAUAACCAAAUAUGAGUAUAAUCUCUUAUUACAACGAGGAAGAAAAGGGAAAGGUUCUUGAGGACCUAACCUGGAAUGUGAAGCAAAUACAAGACGAUCUGUUGAAAGAGAUACUCACCCUUAACUCAGGAACUGAGUAUCUCCAAAACUUCCUUCAUGGAAGCUCUGCUAAAGAGCUCUUCAAGAAGAACUUGCCAAUAGUCACUUAUAAAGAUGUGAAACCUUACAUUGAUCGUGUCGCAAAUGGAGAGUCGUCGAAUAUAAUAUCGGCCCUACCCAUUACAAAUUUCUUUAACAGUUCGGGAACUUCUGGAGGAGCAAACAAAAUACUACCAUCGAAUAGCAAGUAUUUGGAUGGCUCUGCAUUCAGUACUGAUCUUAUCGCGCACGUUAUACGCAAGCAUGUGAAAGGUGUGGAGAGAGGAAAAGGGAUGCUGUUUUUCUUAACAGGGCACGAUACCAAGACUCCAGGUGGCUUCCCCAUUGAGGACGGAAUAAGCUGGUACCUAAAGAGCGACUAUUUCAAGAACCGGCCAUCUACUUGGUUCUACUCUUAUACGAGUCCUGAUGAAGUUAUGUUAGGCAGUGACCUCAAGGAAAACCUUUAUUGUCAUUUGCUAUGCGGUCUUGUCCAAAGAGAUGAGGUCACAAGAAUUGGUUCCACAUUCGCUUCAGGCAUGGUCAGAGUAAUCAAGGUUCUUGAAGAUUCUUGGAAGGACUUGUGUUUUGAUAUCCGAUCAGGUAAUCUCAGUGAAUGGAUCACCGACUCUGGUUGUAGAAACUCCGUUUCAUUGGUUCUAGGAGGUCAGCCCCGUCACAAAUUAUCAGACGAGAUUGAAAGUAUAUGCAGCCAGAAGUCUUGGAAAGGUAUAAUGAAGAAACUAUGGCCACAAACCUUAUGCAUUGAAGCUAUUGCUACAGGUUCAAUGGCACAAUAUGUCCCUACACUGAAACAUUACUGCGGUGACGUGCCUCUUGUUUCAACAAUUUACGCUUCUUCCGAGUCAAUGUUCGGUAUUAAUACUGAUCCUUUGUGUCAGCCUGAAAACACCUCUUACACGCUCAUGCCCAACAUAUCUUACUUCGAGUUUAUACCAACGGAGGGAGGCAAUGGUGAUGUUGUGGACCUAGCUGACGUAAAACUCGGCUGUUCUUACCAGUUAUUGGUCACAAACUUAUGGGGUUUGUAUAGAAUGAGGAUCGGAGAUAUUGUUAAGGUGACUGGAUUCCACAACAAGGCACCUAAGUUUAGGGUUAUAGGACGAGAGAACACGUUGUUAAGCAUUGAUACGGACCGGACAACUGAAGAAUACUUGUUAAAGGCGGUGAAUCGAGCAAGGCUGGUACUUGAGUCAUCAGAUCUAAGGCUUGUAGCUUUCACUAGCUAUGCUGAUAUCUCCAGUAGUCCCGGUCACUAUGUGAUAUAUUGGGAAGUAAAGACUAAAGAGGAAGACAUGAAGGAGCUUGAUGAAAAGACAUCCUUGGAGUGUUGUUCAGUAAUGGAGGAUACGUUGGACGAGGAAUACAUGUACUGCCGGGCUAACGAAUUUAUAGGGCCUCUCGAGAUAAGAGUAGUGAACGAUGGGACGUUCGAUUCUCUUAUGAACUUGUCCAUCUCAAAAGGUGCUUCGAUUACUCAAUACAAGACUCCAACAUGCAUCACAUCUGAAGAGGGCUUACAAGUAUUGGAGACAAAUGUGGUUGCUAGAUUCUUCAGUACUCUCAGAGCAUCUCAUGUGCUUAAGCCAUGAUAUAUGGUCCAAGAAACGGGGGAGAAAUGUGUGUGUUUUAUCUGUAUUAUCUUGUUUUCUUCUUACUAUCUUUUGACUAUUUACUUGUUGCUUGAUUAAUAACAAACUUGAUUUGGUAUGCAAUUAUAUGCUUUAAGAAUU